GUUGGAUUAUAAUUUAUACCCUUAAAUUUGGGGGCUACAAUGCGGCCAAAAGUAUACGAUGUUCCACAAGUUCAUGCCCAAUGUCAGGACUAUUUUUAUACUGAUGAGUUUUGUGAUUGCUACUGCGAGGCCAGCAGGCGCCGCCAAAAAUGUUUUAACAUUGAGCAAACACAGCGAACUUGCGCUGCACAUCAAUUCGCACGGCAAAGUGACCGCCGAGAACAUUUUGCGGACAUAUCAAUACUUCACCAUGGAAGCUGUCAACGAUGUGUUCAGCUUGGAUUUCAAAAUCACCAUCUAUUCGGCGGAUGUAGACUACUAUCUGUGCUUCCAUCACGGCAGACUGGUUGGAAAGAGAGACGCCACAAAGGACUGCCACUUUAAGGAGGGAAUAUUCAUGGGCAAUCAAAACUUCAGCAGCGCCUAUAAUCCAGUGCUGCGUGUGGGUUUCAAGGGGAAUUUUAAGCCAAUUGGCCUAAAGGAUUUUUCCAAGCCGAAAGUGAUGAAGAAGGCCAUACUGUUUUUCUUUCCCUUGAAUGAGGAGAAAUUCAAUUUACAUUUGGCAGAAGUGUUGAGCAGCAGCACCACCACCACGACCACAACAACAACUACAUCAACCACAACAACACCACCACCACCCAGUACCACAACAACAACAACCACAACAACCACACCAGCCAGCCCAGUGGAGGUCACAAAACGGACGCGCCCCAAAUCGCGUCGCCCAACAAGUAUUAAUAGCAAUAGUAGCAAGAGCAAUAUCCCUGACAUAAUCAGCAGACACAGCAGCAAUAGCCUUAAGUCCUACAACCAAGCCAAUAGCAACAACAACAAUAAUGAGCUGGAUCUGCAGCAGCAACAGGUGAUCCUGCAGAGGAAUCGCAAGCUCCAUCGCCGCCGGAAGCUGCAGCAAAAGAAGCGGCAGCUGCAACACCAGCAACAGCAGCAGCAGCAGCAACACCACCGUCGCCAUCGGCAAUACGGCACAGUGGGUGUGAUGGCCAAGCCGCAGCCCAAAAACCUGGAUGGGCGUCAUCAUCAUAACAAUGCCACCAUGAUGGAGCGGCGCAGACGUCGUCUCUUGGAGCGGCAGCAGCACAAGUUGCAGCGCGAGCUGUGGGAGCGCGAGCAGCGCGAGGCGGGCGACAGGGAGCGGGAACGCGAGCGGGUGGAGCACCUGCCCAAGGCCACUUCCUCGGCCUCGUCCUCCUCCUCCUCCUCGUCGACGGCCACCUCGACCGCACUGACCGCCACGGCCGCCUCGUUGGCACCCAGCGCCUUCAAUCUGGUGGCCAUCAUGGCGGCCAGUCGUCGCAAGCGGGACAGGCGAAAACGCUCGGCGGGAGCCGCUGCCGCUGCCGCUGCGGGUGCGGGUGCGGGUGCAACAGGUGGAGGUGCAACAAGGGGCGGUGGCAGCAGCAGCAGCAGCAGUCCGCCCGAUGCCGACAUGCAACUGGUUGAGCUGCCAUCGCAGCGACUGCAGCAGCAGGAUGAGCAGAGCCCACAAAACGAAUACUCAAAACCAUAUGUUAAUAGUAACUUAAACUUAGAUGUAGACCUAAACGUAAACGUAAAGCAACUAAUUGAUAGUAAUAGCGUUAGUGUUAAUCAUGCAAUACCUGCCUUGCCAAAAAACUACAACUACUUGUACAGUAACGAGCAUUAUAAUUUGAAUACUAAAAGUAGCACGACUGAUUCUAGUAGUUUAGACGUUAGCACUAAGUUCGAUAGUCCAAAUAGCCAUAGCCCUAGCCAUAGCCACAGCGCGUUCAAUCAGAAUAUUGACAAUAAUCUUAAGCACUUAACCGAUCGAAUUGAACUUGCCUCAGCUGAACGCCAAGUUGAGACAACAGUGACCCCCCAAGGUGAGACAGAUACAGAAACAGAUACAGAUACAGAUACAGUUACUACCGAAACUGUUGUGCAGAAUCGCAAUCAUAUUGAUGCUAAUAAUAUAAUCGACGAUAGCUACCCGAACGACGAGGAGCACGGAGAGCAGAUUCUAAAGAAACUUCUUCGUGGCCUCAGGUUGCAACAGCAACAUGUGCAGCAGCAGCAACAACCUAAUAUUGAGAACCCUAACGAAAAUAUUAACGUUGUUAACAAUAAUCAGAAUCAUAACGAUGGUGGGCUGCUGACAAACAAUAACCAUAAUAGUAAUUACAAUGAGCAAUUUGCGAAUGACGAUGAAACGAUACGAAUUCAAAAUAAUAAAUAUGAAACACAUAUAGUACAAUACAAACAUGCGGUAUUUAUUUGGCAAUAG